UUAAUUAUUUUAUAAAUAUAAAAAUAAUUCUUAACAAAUUUAUCCUUAUAGAAUAUUAUGAUAUUAACACCUGGAAUAUAUUUUAAUAAAUUAAAGUUUAUAUGGAUAAAAAAUAUUUUAACGCUAUUUGAAAAAUUAUAUUGUUUAUAAAUGGAUAAUUUAACAAAACAAAUAGAAGAAAUUGAAGCUCUCUCUGCAAUUUAUGAUAAAGAUUGGCAAUCAGAGGAUGAGGAAAAUAGAGUAUUUAGUAUUAAAAUUAAGGAUAAUGAGAAUUAUGUAAAUUUGUAUUUUAAAUUGCCUAAUGAUUAUCCUUUAUCAUCGCCACCCUCUUAUGAAAUAUCUGCACCACAUCUAAAUAAUUCUGAGAAACUUAAUUUAAAACAUCUCUUAGAUGAAACAUAUCUUUCCAAUAUUGGUCAAAGUAUAAUAUUCCAGUGGAUAGAAGUUGUGCGAGAAGAAAUUCAGUCAAACAGUGAAAAUAAAAAUAAAGAAGACGAUUCGUCAUCAGAUAAUGAAAAUUCAAUUGUUGAAAAUUCUAUAAUAGAGAACCAGGAGUUAUCAAAAACUAAUUUAAUUGAUAACGAAUGUCAAAUUACACAUGGAGAAGUGAUUUUCGAUAGAAAAAGUUCAUUUCAAGGUCAUGCUGCGACAAUUUUAACAAUUGAUCAAGUUCAUCAAGUUCUGGAUAAACUCAAAGAAAAUCGUAAAAUCGCUAAUGCAGCGCACAAUAUUUACGCCUAUAGAAUUUGCAAAGAAAAUACAUUUAUUCAGGAUUGUGAAGAUGAUGGUGAAGCUCAGGCUGGUGGGAGACUACUUCAUCUUCUCCAGAUACUUGAUGUGAAAAACGUUAUUGUUGUCGUGACACGUUGGUAUGGAGGUGUACAUUUAGGUCCCGAUCGUUUUCGACACAUCAAUAAUGCUGCACGUCAAGUUCUAGAAGUUUCAACUCUUAUUCCAGACAAUAAAUUACAUAAAAAGUAAAUAUAAGUAAUUCGCUUGCAAAAGGAGUGUAAAACUUCACAAUAAUGAGAAGAUACUUAAUUUCACUUUUCUGUCUAUAUUUCCAAACUGUCUAUAAUUCAUAUAAUAAUGUUCACAAAAAAAAAAGAUUUCUAUAUACCUAUUUUUUAAAAUUUACCAUUUUUCUGCUAUCUACAUGAAUAAUUUGUACAAAUGUAUAAAAAUUUUUAAUUGAUGUACAUAGUUGAAAUAUUUUUCAUUGGAAUUGUUGUUAUAAAAUGUAAUUAAUUAAAAAUGAAAUAAAAUUAUAUUCAUACAUAAACAAAAUAUUUACUAUUCUUGAUUUCUUUUUUAAAUUCUACUAGUUAAUUAUCUUAAUUAUCUUAAUGAUUAUAAAUGAUUAAAAA